AUGGAACUGGAUGCUGAUUUUGGCUCUGUUACGGCUGCCUUUCGAGGCACGGAAGAAUAUGCGGCCGCAUUUGAUUUGGAGUUGUGGAAGGCGCAGCAGCAGGCACGACUGCGAAGUGAGCUGAAUGAAGAAAAAAAGCGACUAAAAAAGGAGGUGGCGGCAGAGGUACGAAAGAAGGAAGAACAGCGUCUGGGAGAUUUAGAUACAGUUCGGCAGGACUUGGAGCAGGUGGCAAGACGGCUGCAAAUUCGGGAGGAGACGCUACAGAAACGCAUCUCACAGUUCGAAGCUCGUGAGGCAGUGUUUGAGGCGCGUCGUGUGAAGGUUGCGGAACAGCACGAGCAGCACCUGCUGUCGGUGGAGGGGCGCACACGACGACAGUUGGAGGAGGCGGUGGUGCGUCAAGGUGUUCUCCAGGCACAAUUGCGGGAGCGAGAAGACACCAUUACUCGCCUCGAGGAGAAACUCCGUGCGGCGGAAAGCGAGCACGAUGCAAUGCAGAGAUGCAUGGCUCGCCAUGUUGCUGAGGACGAAGAUAAAGCGCGUAUAACGCGCUUGGAGGAGGAGUUGGCUUCAGCAAAUGCAGCAGUGACGACGUUGCAGCUUAAGUUAAAGGAACGAGAAUCGGAGCUGGUGGUGGCACGGAAGGAACGCGAUCAGUUUCAAGAGGCAUCAAAGCUAUCUAGGGAUCAACUGGGUCAACUUGCCCGGCGUUACAGUGAGCUGCAGAAACAGUGGCAGCAACGCGAGCGGAUGCUGCUGGAUGAGGAAAAGCGUAGGUUGGAGGAAGACAAGCGACGCCAUCAACUUGUCGCACUUCAGGCUGGUAGUGAAACAAAAGGCGUAUAUCGCCACGACGUGCUUGGGCAUCAGUUUGCCGAAGGCAUUGUUUCCAGGGAGGUCAGAGACAGAGUGCUCAAACGCGGCAAUGCUGGUGAUGACUCCAGUACUUUUAUCAGGGAGCUAAUGGCUGAGGUGGCACAGGGUUUACGCGAAUUACGGGUCAAGGAGAAAAAAAAGGGCAAGAAAGUGAAAGUGAGCAUCGCCGAUUCAUCUAGACCACGUUUGGUGUACGCGGAGGUGCCACCGCGUCACCAGGAUGAGAAUUCGUUGCACAUGAGAGGCGGUGGGAGAGCUGUCUCUGGCGAAGAAGUUGUGGAACAGAAGCGGCAACAGUCGCGUGAUUUUACGCAAACAACCACAACUCGUGAGGACGUGGCCAACUCAACACUUUCGUCACUGACACAACGCGAGAGCGAGGGACGACGCGAGUUGACGGAACCGUACUACAGCCCUCUUGCGGAGAAACCCCCAGCUGUAAAGGAGGAAGAAGAAGAGGCAGAUGUCGAUGUCUCCUCGUCGUACUGUUACGCCGACGUGGAGUCGUGGAUCGCAGAAAGAGAGGACCGACGUGUCCUGCCGAGGGAGGAGGCAGUAGGGAAUGAUGUGAUGGAGAGUCAUUUACCUACAUUCCCAUCUGCCGCGGAUGCACCGCCGCGGCCUACACCUCCGUCGCCGGAAGAUUUCCUCCAGGCAUCGAGGGCGGCUCCUCCGUCUGCCUCACGGGAGUCCACUCGGGAAGAAAUGGUGGAGUUUGUCAAGAAACUGCGGAUGAAUAAAAAGAGGCUGCUGGAAUCGGGUGUUUACACCGAGGAUGACACGCUCUUGAAGGAGAUGACCGAUAAAAUUGCGCUCUAUGAAGAUUUCUUGAUGCGGCAUUUUUGA